CAUAAUAAUAUUAACUCCUGAUUCGGAGGUUGCCCUAGUCUCUAUCUCCCUGACCGUUCCCUUAUCAUCGUUCCCCCUUGCCGCCCGGUUGCUCGGUGCAAUCGGUGCCGCCGUCGAUUCACAACUCAACGAGAACAGAGAUGGAGCUUCCCAUCUCAGCUCAGCUGCUGAGCUCUUCUUAUUCAUCGUCUUUUUCAUCUAAGUUCCCUGAAACUAGGGUUGGUAUUUCAAAGGCCACUCUCUUCCCAUUUCUCUCCCACAAACAACCACUCUUCUCUCCGUAUCUCCGCCAAGGCCUUAGUCCAAUUCAUUGUCAUCUAACGGCACUCCCUCGUGCCUCCAUCGGCGAAACAAACGGCUCUCCGGUAACAUCCUCUCCAACUAACACCGGUGGUCGAAUCGGAGAGGUGAAGAGGGUCACGAAAGAGACCAAUGUGUCGGUGAGGAUAAACUUGGAUGGUUCGGGUGUAGCUGACUCCUCUACUGGGAUCCCGUUUCUUGACCAUAUGUUGGAUCAACUUGCAUCACAUGGAUUAUUUGAUGUGCAUGUGAAGGCUACUGGUGACACUCAUAUUGAUGAUCAUCAUACAAAUGAAGAUACUGCCCUUGCAAUCGGAACGGAACUGCCAACCAAUCCCAAGACUCUUGAUGGAGAAGGAUGGAUGGACUAUGCCAUAGUUAAUGCAAUAGAUAAACUGCAAUUCAGGUGUAAUAAUGUUGCAUUACCUUGCUCUCAAGAGACAUCAUCUCUCCGGCGCCACGUUUUAGCAUGUGGUACUGUCUUGAUGACUUCUGCCUUCAACUAUGGUCAACUACGUUUGUUUGCUCGGGCUGGGGCCGUGGCUGGGGCCGGGGAUGAGGAGGACAUGGACGAGGGUGUCCUUGGAGCCGUAAAGUCAUUGUUUGAUCCUAAUGAGAAAACUAAAUCCGGGAAAGUGUUGCCAAAAGCUUACUUGAAAUCGGCAAGAGAGGUGGUGAAGACACUGCGUGAAUCACUCAAGGAAGACCCCAAGGAUGUUACCAAAUUUAGACGGACUGCAGAUGCAGCAAAGGAGUCAAUCCGCGAAUAUCUAAGUGGUUGGAGGGGACAAAAGCCAGUAAUCAAUGAGGAGUCGUACGUUAUGCUUGAGAAAGCAAUCAGAUCUCUGGCCAGCUUCUACUCCAAGGCAGGUCCAUCUGCACCACUUCCAGAGGUGGUUAAAUCUGAAAUUCUAAAUGACCUAAAGACAGCAGAAGAAUUUUUGUAACAUGAGAGUGUGAGACCAUUAUUGAGCUUAUUUUUGUAACAUAUAUCAGAUGAAUGAAGUUCACUGGUAGAGUUACAGAUAGUUAAUUUGCAUCCGAUUUCUUGUAAUUUAAAUUACCCCCUCUCAAUAAAAGUUGAGUUUUUC